CUGUCAAGCCUACAAGGGCCCAUCGUGGGGCCCCGAAGCCCCAACCCUGCCAGAUGGUGACAACCUUGGGGAAUUUCCCUGAAGGGCCAGAAUCCAUCCAGGUUGGAACAUACUUGUCCUGAGACCCUUCUUCACAACAUCAGUGUAGACCUUGAUGAGAAGAAGCUGCUGGUGUGUAUAGGAAUCUGGUGGUCCUGUGUGGGGAGAGGAGACUUAGAGAGGUUCACUGCAUCCAGGAUAAGGUCAAGAAGGGAGCAGCCAUGAAGGGCUUGGACCCCAUGUUGGAGGAGAGAGUUCUGGCUUCUCAGGAUUCUGGCCAAGAAGUGGGGAUCGACGAGGAGGAGAGGAUGGCUUCCGAGUUCCUAAAAGCUAAGUCUCAGAAAUUGCUGACGUUCCAAGAUGUGGCAGUGGACUUCACCCGGGAGGAGUGGGGGCUGCUGGAGCCAGCUCAGAAGGACCUGUUCAGGGAUGUGAUGCUGGAGAGCUAUGAGAACUUUGUGUCCCUGGGGCUUCCAGAUUCCAAGGAAGAUGUGAUCUCUCAGUUGGAGAAGGCAGAAGAACCAGGACCACCUGAAGGAGAAGAAGUCCCAGGAAACACUUACACAGAUUUUCUUCAUGAAUAUAAUGUAUUUGGAAGACUUCAAACUGAAGAGAAACCACUUGAAUUUAAUGAAUGUGGGAAAGUCUUCAGCAGUAAAAAUGACCUAGGCCAAGAUCAAAAAAUACAUACUGGAGGUACUCCCUGUGGUUGUAACGACUGUGGGAAAGUCUUCGGUCAGAAUCAACACCUUAAAAUACAUACAAUAUUUCUUACUGCCAAGAAUCCCUUUGAAUAUAAUGAAUGUGGGGAAGCUUACCUAGCAGAACAUCAAAGAAUUCAUACCGAAGAUAAACCAUAUAAAUGUAAUUUAUGUGUGAAAGUCUUCAGCAGUAAACACUACUUAGGGCAACAUGAGAAAAAUCAUACUGGAGAUAUACUCUAUAGAUGUAAUGAAUUUGGAAAAGCCUUUAGGAAGAAAGGAAACCUAUAUGAACAGAAGAGAGCUCAUUGUGGUGAGAAACCUUACUUAAUUAAUAAAUAUGGGAAAGCCUUUACACAGCAGGGAAGCCUAAAAAUCCAUGAGGUAAUUCAUAAUGGAAAGAAGUCCUUUGAAUGUAGUGAAUGCGGGAAAGGUUUCAAGCACCGAUCAGUUCUUUUGAGACAUCAGACAAGUCAUACUGGAGAGAAACCUUAUAUUUGUAAUGAAUGUGGGAAAGCCUUCAGCCAAAAGGGAAACCUUAAAAUGCAUAAGAUAAUUCAUUCUAGAAAUAAGCCUUUUGAAUGUACGGAAUGUGGGAAAGGCUUCAGGAGUAGCUUUUCCCUUUUACAGCAUGAGAGAGUUCAUACAGGAGAGAAACCCUUUGACUGUAAUGAAUGUGGGAAAGCUUUCAGCCAAAAGGCAAACCUUAAUUCACAUAAGAGAAUUCAUACUGGAGAA